GGCAUUUAUGGCGGAAAGACCUGGUGGCAGUCGGUUGCAUGGGCGAAAUCGUUGCUUGUAAAAUAUUUGACAUAAUUUGUAUCCAAUUUAAAUGGUCCAAAAUUAUUUUUCGGGUAUUUGACAAGCAACUCGCUGAAAUAUAUAACUAGUGGUGAAAGCUCUCUGGUGACAGAGAAAAGUGGGCGCACAGCCUUAAAUAAUAUGUGUACAAAUAAUAGUGACGUGUUGUUUCCAUCUUGACGUCUUGGAGAACAUAAAUAAAUUUCAUCAUGGCGGAUCCUGGCGGAGGAAUAAACCAGCCUCUAGGGUCCGAUCAGCCUCCAAAAACAGCAGAAGACCAAGACCUUGAUGCAGUUACCAAUACGAAGGAUGUUUCCAAUGAGAAUAAGAAUCAAACUGAAGUGCAGAAAGAAACGAUACUGCUUGAUAAGCAAAGUUUGAAAAAGAAGGAAGAGGCAGUCCAGGAAUAUGCUAGAAAACUCUCAAAGAUUAAGUCUAGAGCAAAGCUCUCUCGACGCAGUAAAGAUGCGUCAUCAUCUGUUGAGGGUACACCAGAAACUGUGGUUAAAUCAAGAAUAUCAAGUCCCUCAGUAGAAAAUUUUGAUAAUGUCGAUGACAUCAGCCAAGCUAAAACUCCGAAGGCCAAGUCUUCUCUUCUGCAAAAAAAACUCAUGGAGAAUAGGAAAAUAUUUGAGCAGCGCAGCAGAGAAAUGUCAGAAAACAAACGAGUGGUCAAAGAAAAAGUGGAGGCUAUACGGCAACAACUGGAUGAAAGCAAUACUACGAUAUUGGAAUUGCAAAAAGAACUAACCACCACCCUACCUGUUCAGCCAAUUGUUAUAACAACACAGGUCGCAAGUUCAAGCUUGGAGCAUUUCAGUUUGCCAGACAGAGACAACCGACUAGCUGAGCUCAGUAAUAAAAUCUUGGAGUUAGAAGCCACUGUACUUGACUUGCAAGAAAAUUUGAAAGAAAAGGACUCUGUUAUUGACUCAAAGACCAAGGCUAUUACACUGAUGUCCGCAGAUUUAUCGCAAAAGAGGAAAUCAACAUUGGACACACUCGAAGAUACGAAAGACGAAAUGCGAACGAUGCAGGCUAACUUUGUACUUAUCGAAACAUCCCUGAAGGAAAAAAUUAAUAGCUUGUUGCAGCAGCUUCAGGGAAGAGAUUGUCAAAUCACUGAGUAUGAAAAUACCGUCGAAGGAUUAAAAGAGGACCUUGAGAAAAGAAGACUAACUGACGUCACCACUGCAGACUUUUCUCGUUCAACUUUAGAUACUUUGGCUGAGACAAAGGAAGCAAUGAAAUCAAUGCAGGAAAACUUUAUUCUUAUAGAAUCAUCGCUUAAAUCUAAAAAUAAAAAUCUUCUCGAUCAAUUAGAAGAGCGUGAAAUGAAAUUGGCAGAAACAGAAGAAAGAAUAUUCAAGCUGGAAUCUGCUGCUGGCACAGUCAUAUCACCUGAUGUGAAAGAUCUUCAAUCUAAGUUAGGAACAUUGGAACAGCGCAACCGGCAGUUACAGGAUGAAAAAUAUGAAUUGCAAAAAUCAGUUGCCGAUUUACAAGAUAAAGUGAUUUCUAAUGAAUCUGCAGUUAGUAAUGGACUGAUUCUCGAAAAAGAUAACAGAAUAGCAGAACUAGAGAAUUUGAUUGAAGAAUUGAGAAAAUCGAAUCAGUUGUUGUUGGAAGAAUCUAAAACAGAGUUACAGAAUCAAAUUGUUGAAUUGACGUCAAGGAAUGAAGAAUAUUCCAAUAAAGUUAAUGAGUUAGAAAAUCUUGUUCACAAUUUGGAAACUGAAAAGAAGGAACUUGUGAAAAGAGUACCAGACGAUAGCUACGAAACAAAAGAAGAUGCAAGAGUGACUAAGUUGUCCAAGGAACUAGAUGAGUUAAACAAGUCGAUGAUCAAACUCAAGGCACAACAUAAAAGCAAAGUUAAAAGUCUGCAAAAACAACUUGAAAACUUCAAAAAGGUAUCUGAUACGAAUGCAGAAUUGGUUAAGCUAGGGAAUCAAGUGACUCUGCUAGAGGAAGAAAAAGGUAAUCUACAGCUCAGUCUGGUAGACUUUGACGAGCUUAAAGCUUCCGCAGGUGAUUGGCAGGAGCGUAUCUCUGAUCUUGAAGCUAAGAUAUCUGCGCAAAGUAAUGAGAUCGAUUCCCAGGUACAAGCCAUUGCUACUUUGGAGAAUCAAAAAUUGGAUCUUAUACAAGAACUACACGCAGUGAAACAGGAAAUCUCUGCUCUAGAGGCUGAAAAUGCAGACUCCGAAAACCUCCGAGUGACUGCUGAAAUGAAGAUCGUUGAACUGGAGGAACAAGUGGAUGCAUUACACAAGUCAAUUGCUGAUCCUAAGCAAUUUGAUUUGAUGAGCGAGUCGGAAAAAAAGCAAUACUUGGAUAAAAUAGAAUCACUGUCCCAAGAGAACAAUAAUUUGAUCGUUAAGUUGGCCAAACUAGAAGAAAAAGGAACGUCUGAAACUGGAUCAACCGAAUCAUUUGAGACAUUCCAUGAAACAGACAGAAACGAACUUUUGAAAAAAAUCGAUAUGCUUGCACAAGAAAAUAAUGACUUGAUUAUAAGGUUUACGAAAUUGGAAGAGAGAACCGAACCAACGGAAUGUUUUGCAAAUUUAAGUGAUUCUACGAAAAAUGAAUUACUGAAGAAAAUUGAACUGCUCAUUGAAGAAAAUAACAGUUUAACUACCAAGCUGUCGAAAGUUGAAGAGAAAAGCUCCUCCGACACUGGAUCUACUGAAUCUUUUGAACGCAUACCAGAACAUGGUGACAAUCUAUCCAGGCUAGACGUUUUAAUACAAGAAAAUAACGAACUUGUUAUAAAAGUAAUUAAACUCGAAGAGAAACUGGCUGAAAUUGAAGAAAGUUCCACUCAUGGACCAAAGUCCAAGACCAGAGAUGAUGAUGAUGUAUUAAACUUGGAACGCAGAGUUCAGGCAUUGACCCAGGAAAAUGCUGAUCUUGUUAUUAAGUUGACAAAAUUGCAGGAAAAGUUGAGGGACAAAUUUUCAGAAAAUCCGAUUCAACAAGUAGAAUCUAACGAAUCCAUGAUAACAGAGAGAGAACAAGCCUUAUCUCAAGAAAAUCACUCUUUGGUUAUCAGUGUUACGAAAUUGAACGAAAAGAAUGAAAAUCUGAAAACUAAUUUGGAUCUCGUUACUAAAGAAAGAGAUAAUUUAAAGGAGGCUGUUGAUCAGAUGACUACCAAUACUUUUGCUAAAGAACUUAUCGAAAAGUUAAACGAAUUGAAUCAGAAAAAUCAAACUUCAGCACAAGGAAUACGUGAUGAGAUAACAAAACUUCUACACAGACUUACAGAUGAAACAGUCGAAGAUAAAGAUUCGGGUGACUAUCAAGGCUCUGUUACAGUAACACUACUAGAAAAUGAAAUAGAAAAUUACAAAAAAUUAAUUUCAGAACAAAAGAAGGUGAUUGAUGAUAUGAAAUCAAAAUUAUCUGAUACACAAGAGGAAUUACUGUUCCAAUCUAAAAAAAUUGAAGAAUACCAAACUGAGAUUACAAACUUGGGUAAACUUCAAAUGGAAUUGAAGAACAAUUCUAAUGCUAUUAAAGGAUGGGAAUUGAGGUGCGAAGAAAUGGAAAAAAAAUUGAAAACUUCCGAAUCUGAAAAAUCAAUUAUUGAGGGUGCCAUAAAAAUACUUGAGGCUGAAAAGUUGAAUUUGAUGAAAGAAUUGGAAACAAAAGAUUUUGAGAUGAUCAAACUAAAGAAGGAACUCGACGAAACAAUAUCGCAGUUUGAAUUGAAAUGCCAAGAAGAAUUUAAAAUAGCAUCCAUCCGAGAGGAAGAAAUAAGAGCUCUGAAAGAAUUAGUUGCCAAAAAUGAUGCAGAUCUUCGUGAUAAAUCUGGAAUGUUACAGGCUGACAUGAUUACGAUUGAUAGCUUGCACAAGGAUCUUAAUGAGUAUAAGAGUCGGAUUGAAAAGCAAAAUCUCACAAUCGAAUCAUUAAACGAAGAAGUUGCACGAUUAAAUGCCUCUUUAGUAACCAGCGAACUAUCUGCGGAAUCCGAAAAUGCCAAAACUACGGAAGCGUUCAAUGAAUUGACUAAGGUUUUACAAGAUAGAAACAACGUAACAACGCAAUUGCAAAACAAAAUUGAUGAACAGGCAAAUGAAAUUAUCGUGACAUAUGGUAAAAUUGAGAAUAUCACCUCAAACAUCCAUGACAUGGAAGAACGACUGGCUAAAAGAGAUGAGGAAAUUGCUCAACUAACCGAAACUAAUAGAUAUCUAAACGAAGAAUUGCAUCAGGUGAAAUCUGUCGAAUCGUCUUUGAACACCCAAAUGUCUCACUUGCAUAAUACAUUGGAACAGAACAAUAGUUACCUUGAAAAUCUCCAGAAAGAACUGAGCGAUGCAUAUAGGAAAUUAGAAUUGGUGAAGGCACAGCAUGUAGAAGACAGAGAAAUGCAAAACAGGCGAUUGGAGGAUUUGAUUGAAGAGUUGAAUAUUAAGUUACAAGAAAAUGAAAACUUGAAAUUCGAGAUAGAAGAGAAAGAAAAACUCUUAAGCCAAAAUGUAACAGAAGAAACUAAAUUAGCUUUAGAAUUGAAAGUCGCAGAUCUAGAAGGUAGAUUGAUGGAAUCUGAAUCCAAAGGAAAAGCUCAGCUGGAUAAAAUGAAAAAAAUUGCUGCCAACUUGAAGAAAAAGGUAGCACAGUGCCAAGAUCUCGAAGCUAAGGUAUCUGACCUUGAAGAGAAGUGGAAUUGUGAAAAAUCAGAAAAAGAAGCGAUAAAUAUUAGUAUACAAGAGAAUGAGUCCGCCAUACGUGAAAAAGACAAUAAAAUUUCCGAGCUGGAAAACAAGGUGAUAGAAAGUGAAAAACAAACUGCUAUAGCUUUGCAGAAUGUUGAAGGACUAGUGCACGAGAUUGAUACCUUUAAGCUGAGAGUGAAUUCUCUAUUGGAACAAGUUACAGAGAUGGGGGACGAGAUUGAAAAAUUACGAGUGGAAGUUACCAGCAGGGAAUCUUUAUUGGAAGAUGAGAAAGUAAAGAAACAGAAUAUUACAUCUGAAUAUGAAGCAUACAAAUUACAGAUGCAGGCUGCGUAUGAAAAACAACAACACAAUUUGGAAGAAACUUCUGAACGUGCUCGAGAACUGAGAGUGCGAAUGGAAGUUAUGGAAAGUGAGUAUGUUGAACAAUUAAGUCUGAUCCAAAAACUGAAGGCUGAAAAUGGGAUGUUGUCCUCGAAAGAAACCCAAAUCAAUGAAAGAUUGGAAAAUGUUGAAAAGGAGUCUGAGGAACGAAGGUAUCUCUUGGAAAAACUCCAGAAAGAAAAGUCUGAUUCCACUGAAAAAGUUUUAGUACAUAAAGCACAGACCUUAGAUUGCGAAUUGAGUGAAAAUGUGGCAGAACUAUCUCAAGAACAGUGCCACAACACGGUGCCAGCUUUGGAGGCAAAAUUACAAGAGCGAGAUGCUGUGAUUGAGUCUUUAGAAACUGAACUUGGCAAAUCUCACGACAGAGUUAGUAAACUAGAAGAAGCACUUAGUGCUGUCGAGGAGCGGAGGCAUAGCUUGGAAAGGAGAACGGAAUUGUUAGGUGCUGAACUUGAGCAAUCAUUCCGAAUAACAGAAGAAGCUUCCUUUAGCGAGGAUAUGCUGGAACAAAGAUUAGCUAUGCUCACGGCUAAAGACGAAGCUAUCAGUGACAAACUGAAUGAAACAAUCGACGAAAACAAGGAAUUAACCGAAAAGAUUCAAAGUCUUCAAGAUAUUAAUAUUAGCUUGCAAGAAAAGAUUGACACGGUUGAAGAAGAAUUGAAGUACAGCAGAGAGAAUAUUGAAAAAUUGCAAAAAGUCGAUGUUUUAUACUCAGAAUUGCUUGAUCAACAUACUUUCCAAGAAACUCAGUUAAAAAAAAUACAGCAAGAUCUGUAUGAAGCUAAACAAUAUAUAGACAGCUCUGAACGGGAAGUCACAUCUCAAAUAAACCAACUAGAGUCUGACAAAAAACAGUUACUUGAGAAGUGUGAAAAGUUGGAAGAUUUGAAUGUAAGUCUUAUGCAAGAAAUCGAGUCGCUCAAAGAUGGUGUAAGCCUUUGUCGACAAAGAAUUUCGGAAUUAGAAACUGAAGUGGAAAAGCACAAUGAAUCUAACAAACAGUUGGUGGCUGAACUUGCUAAGCGAAAAGAGUCGGCCUCAAUGUCGGGGGAUUUUCCAGAGAAGGUUGAAAAAUUAACGUCACUACUAGCUGAAAAAGAAGUUGAAAUCGAAAAUUAUCAAAGGCGGAAUAUGCAACUGCAAAUGGCUGCAUUUUCCAUGCCCAAACAGGGUGAUGUUUCCGAUGUAUUUGAUACAACCACGUUACCCAAUAUACCUGCACCUACCGAUGAAAUUGCCACGUGGAAGAACCUCUUAGGUGAGAAAACACGUGAGUAUGAGAGUGUUUGUAUAGAAUUAGAAAAUUUGAAGCAACGAGUAGCCACAAUUGACUCAGAAAAUCAACAGUCUUUGAAUGAAAAAGAUCAAUACUAUGCAAAUUUAGUUGCAGAGACACAAACUCUGCAAGCAGAGUUUAAUCAAUGUCGAAAUGAGUUGGACAGAAUGACUAAGGCCUUAUUAGAGAAAGACCAAAAAAUUGGCUCAUUAGAUGCUCAAUUUGGUGGCAUCUGUGCUCAGUUGGAGGUAUCUGGUAACCAUCAAAGUGACAACGACAAAGAAAUUGUUAGAUUGACAGGCAUUAUUACAGCAAAAAAUGUAGAAAUUGAUGCAAUUAGAAGUGAGUUGGAAUUGGCAAAUGAGGCACUACAAACAAUCGCAUCGGCUCAAAAAGAGAACAAGAGUUCUACAGAUGACGAAAAUAAGUUGAUUGGCCAGCUUCAAAAUGAAAAGUCUAUCUAUGAGUCUCAAUUGGAUGACCUAAGACUGCAGCAAAAAGAAGCCCAAGAAAUUGUUAACCAAAUUAUUUCUACUGCUGAACAGAAAGUUAACAAAUUCUAUGAAAUUCAGAAUGAAGGACACACCACGAAUACUGGCGAUCUUCAUAAAGUUGCGUCAACAUUUAAUGAAUUGUUGGCUGAUUUUGAAACUGUGAAACUUGAAAAUGAUGAACUUCGUCUCUCUCAAGAAUCGUAUAUGAAUGAACUCAUGGAACUGAAAAAGCAAGUUACUACUGAUGAUAUGAAUACGAAUGACCAGCAAGUCUUGGAAUUGAAAAGUAGAGUAGAUGAAAUUUUACAGGAGAAAAAUGCUCUGCAAGACUUACUGAAGGCACAAGAAUUGACAAUAAAUGGAUUGAAAAACGAGUUGGAUGAGCUUUUAAUAGAAAAAGAAUCGUUUGAACAACAACUCUCAGAUUCGAUAGUUAUAAUCAAUCAGUUAAAAAAUCAGCAGGGCCAAGUAGUUGAAAACACUGCAGAAAAUCUAAUAUCGGGGUCAACGCCACCCCAAGAAACUGUUGAGAAGAAUUUGCAUUUGGAAGUUGACUCUGAGUGGGACAUUAGGUCAUCUGGCAAACUAGAUAUCGACGAAGAAGGAUGGGGUUGGAGUGCCGAGGAGGCACAAUUAGAGGAACAGCAUCAAUUAUCAACAGCUACUUUGACACCCAGUGUAGAAAUUCAGUUGCAAACUAGAGUGGCAGAGCUGGAAGAUCAAAUCAAAGAAUUGGAAACCAAGAUAAAUAACCUGGAAGAGGAAAGUAAAGAUAUUCAACUAAAAAAUGUAAAAUUAGUUAAAAAACUCAAAGAAUUUAAAGUCCGAAAUGAAUUGCUGCAACAAAAGGUCAAGCAGCAACAACCGUCGUGUUUCUCGGAUUUGGAUUCUGCUAUUGAAGAAGAAUUGAAAGCACAAAUUCUGAGGCUGGAAGAAAGUUUGAAAGGUGCUAUCCAAGAGCAAAAAAAAUCUCUCACAGAGAAAGAACAGUUGCAAAAAAGAUUAGAAGUCUUAACGGCAGCCAAUGAAAGAUUUGUUGAGAUGAAGGAAAGACAAGACAUGGAUAUCGAAGUAUGGCAAAUUCGAAAUAAAGAACUCACCAGUAAAAUACAGUCUUUGGAGUGGCAGCUCCAAGAAAUUUCAUCUAGCCACGAAGAAUCGACUACACGGUCACCGCAGAUUAAAAGUCAGAUUAGUGUAACUCGAAGUGAAGCCGAUCCAUCCAGUGAUCCGCUUUCUAAAACUCAGGAACAGAUUGACCGAUUGUGCCAACAAUAUAAAGCAGAAAUAGACGAUUUGAAAGAGGAAAUGGAGGCGCUAGCAACAGAGAAUGAACAACUACAACAUCUUUUGGAAGAACAGAAGAAUCAAAAGAUGGCUAUUGAGAACAAAAUUGGUUCUGGAAAAUCUGAUAUUAUCGUUAAAUACGAAGAAUUGGAGAAACAGAACAAUGAUUUACAGAUUAGCCUGAACAAAUUACAAGAAGAAUAUAGUUUGCUUAGUAAACAGUACGAGCAAAGCCUUAUGGACGCAAAUGAUCAGGUAACAGCUAUGCGUCAAAAUAACGAGUUGAUGAGAACUGAGUUGAUGGCAAAGUCUGUCGAAUUCGAUGAUGAAAAACAGUCAUUGAUUCGAGAAAGGCAAGAGUGGGCUUUAAAAAUGAACGAAAUGCAACACAGUUUGGAGCAAACAAGGCAAGAAAAUGUCAAUCUAUUGCAAAAAGUCGAAAUUCUGGAAGCUGCCAACAAAGAAUUAUCAUCUGUAUCAACCUCAUUGUGUGAAGUUACAGAACUGUUGAAUACAAGGGUGCAAGAGGUGGCUGAUUUGAAGCAAAACUACCAGCAACAAUACCUUGAAAGAACUGAAACUGAAAAUCAUUUGCGUGGUAACAUAGAAAAUCUCCGACAAGAAUUGAACAACAAACAGGAAGAGAUAUUACGUCUGCAACAAUCACUGACGCAAGAGGUGGACGAAACUACGCGAGAACAAACUGCUGAACUGCAUGGCUUACAACUGCAGUUACUGGAUAAAGAUGAAGAGAUUCUAAAGCUUAGAAAUGCAUUAGUCAAUAUGGAAACUGAUGUGCAGAAGUAUUCUCUGGAAUUGCAAAGUCGUAUGUCGCAUAUCGAAUUAUUGGAAAAAGAAGGUCAACAUUUGAAGGCAAUGUUACUUGAAAAAGAAUCAAGCUUAGAAAAUUCGAUGGGUAAGCCAGAUGGAAUAACUAAUACUGAUAGAACAAAUUUGCAAGAUCAAUGGACAGAUGAGAGUGAAAAAGAGAAAGAAAUUGAAGACCUCAAAGUAGGAAUACAUGAAAAAAAUUCUCUCAACGAAUGCCUUCGCCAAGAAAUAAAAAAAUUGUCCGUAGAACUGCAUUCUGCCAAUGAACAAAUUAUCCAGCUUCAGACAGACCUAGAGGAGAAGAAUGCAGAUAUACAGAAACUGAAUAGAACCUUGAUUGAAAAAGAGGCUGCGACAGAAAAAAUUAGACAGCAAUUAAAUGAAGGACAGUUACAGUUAGAUAGUGUUCAGCUUUCCGUAUCCCACCUGCAAGAGCAGAGUUCUUUGCAAGAGGGUGUAGCAUUGGCGGAUAGUUACCCAAGAUUUAAAAUGGCUGGGGAUACCGACAUUGAGCUUCUAACAGAUGUUGAUCAAUUGAGGUCAGAACUGAAAGAGAAACAUGAAGAAAUUGAACAAUUUAAAUAUAUGCUGAGCAAAAAUACAUAUCCCGAGCUCAUACAGAAGUUGCAGGAUGAUAUCAAUCAGUUACACACAGACAAAUAUCAAAUGGAACAGUUUUUGGAGAAAAAAGUCCAGUCAUUGAGUGAAGAGUUGGCCUGCAAACAAACAGAAAUUGAAAACAUUAGACAAGCAGCACAGGGACAACGAGAGAUUGUUUCAGGAAACAAUCAUGAACCCAUUGUUGUAGACCAAAAACUAUCGAUUCAUCAAGAAGCUAUAGCAACAUUACAAAAUGUAUUACAUGACAAAGAACAAGAAAUAAACGAACUGAAAUACGUGAUUGCACAGAAGGAUUCUCAAAUUUCUCUUCAAGAUAAUGCCAAUCCGCAAUUCGAUGAAUUCGAAGUUCAGGAGACACUACAACGACUAAACGGGGACUUAUUUACCAAGCAGCAAGAAAUUGAACAAUUGCGUGCAAGUUUGGUAGAAAAGGAGAAGGAUAUUUGUGAUUUAAUGGCGACAAAAGAUCAAUCAGAGACAGAUAGGAACCUAAUAUCAAAACUAACGUCAGAAAAAAAAUUGGUCAUGGAAGAAGCUGAAAGAGUGCUACAAUCUAAACUGGCUGAAAAAGAAGCUGAAAUCGAUGAGUUGAAGCAACGUUUAGUGAUAGAAACUCAAGAAUUGCUUGGCACUUUGCAAUUGAAAGAUACGGAUGUGAUAAACCUGAGAAUGCAAAUGGAACAAUCGAAUUCUCGUUACAUUGAUACUUUGCGCCACAAAGAUGAAGAGUUGCUAGUUACCAAAUCGGACUUGGCUGAAAAGGAAAGACGCUUAGCAGAAGUCAGUAUUACCAAAGAUGCUGAAAUCCAUAAUCUCAAAGUCCAAAUCCAUGAUAAAGAUAUUCGUAUCGAUGAAAUGGCUACACUAAUGGAGGAAGAAGAAAGACAAUUGAACGAGCUGCGACAGGUUGUCGAAUCUAAAGAAGAAGAGAUUAAUAAAUUGAAAACUCUUUUAGCUGAAACUGUACAGGAGUACGAAAUUAUCCAAAAGUCAUUAAGCCGAAAUAGAAGUACAGAAUCCGCUAACGUUGCCCCAGAUAAGAGAAAGACGGAAUUGGCAGAUACCAUCGAUAGACCCUUAGAAGAAGGUGAAAAUCUAAUCUCACAUCCAGUUGUAUCCGUCGAAGGUGAGCUCGAUCUUGCCCUCUAUAUGUUACAUCAGAGAGAUGUCAGGUGCGAAGAACUGACAUUAGAACUGAUGCAGUUGUUAGAAGAGCGUGAUACUCUGCAGUUGAGACUAUCUAAUGCAAUUCGAGUUAAUGAAGAAUUGCGACAACAGAAAACGGCAAUGUCCAGUCCUGAGGCAGAUGCCUUGCCUUCGACGUCUUCGAAUGAACCAGUCAUCGAGCAUCCAUCUCCAUCAAAAACGGAUGGCCCUGUCGAAAUUGCAAAGGAUGCACUAAAUGUUGAGACUUUACCGGUUGGAGAAGACAAGAGUGCUCUUGCUCAAAAGCUUUCUGAGUUACACACUGUGCAUCAAAGGCGAGAUGUAAGAUUAUGCGAUGACCGAGAAUCCAGACACACCCAGCAAAUGUCGUUUGUUACACGCAGGGAUAUGCUGAAUUCCUUACCCCCUGAAGCAGCAGCCAGAUUGGUGAAUGCCAACUACACUCUAUCUCGAGAUGUCCAGAGCCAGUCGAGCGUUCUCAUGAACUGGCUAUGGGGAAAAAGCACUCCAAAAGUAAUGCAUAUGUGAUGAAGGCAAUUCAAACGUGACUUCAGUACAAUAAUAUAUAAAAUAGUCUUUGAGCAGACACAUUCCAAAUUCCGGUAAGAUCCAUUAUAAUAAAGGUGAUGAAUCAAAGCUAUAAGUUUAACAACAUAAUAAUGAUUGAACAGAAUUUUCCAGAAUUUUUAAAUCUUUUUAUUCAAAUAGAACAACUGAAGUCUUCUCCAUUGUUAUUAAGUACAUUAUAUCAGUGGGAUAAUCCUUGAUUUGUGACAAAAAGAAAAUGGAAAUUUGCACAUUAAAGAGUUGUCCUGCCGAUAUUUGGUGAUGCGGACCCCAAACAUACAUCAUAGAAUCCACGUACAGUGAGCAGAGGAAAAAAAAUUCAAAAUAAUUAUCAAAAGGUGCGUGUCACCAAAUAUUCAUGGCAUGUAAAUAUAAUUGUUGUUACCUUCCAAUCGUUGAAAAAUGAUAUUUAUGCCAAUUGUUAUGAUUUGAUGUUUAUUGUAAUAUUCCACAAAUUUAAUUCAGUCAUUCAUGAAUGAUUUGUAUAAUCGAUUACCGUUAUCCAAGCAGCCUUACCUUCCAGCUGCCAUGAGUAAAUUAUUCAAUGGAUUGAAUUUCUUGUACAUACAUACAUAGUGUACUUAACAGAAGUCACAUUUGUUAAAUCGGUAAUUAUAAAAGUCCAUUGUUUCCGGAUACUUGGCAUACUUGCAUAACAGCAGUCAAAUCUACGAAACUAAAACUUAACUAUGCAUUCACAAGAUAAUCAAUGAAAUAUUUAAAUAAACGAAACUCCGAAGUAUAAAAUAUAGUGAGAAACCUUUGAUUGAAAACAGGUGUAAAAGAAAUGAAACGAAAGAAGACAAACAACUCUUUUUGGUAAAAAAACAAAAAAACAAAAAGAAAAUGUUAACUAUUGUAUUAUAUAGUCAUAGAGAAUAUGAGUGUGUAUAAUAAUAACAAAUACUUGAAAUAUUUAUAUAAGAAUGCCUUGAAGUAAUGUAAUUUCAGUGAUUUUUAACUAUUCAAUUGUAAUUAUUGGAAUAAAUACUAAUGUUGUUAUACUGCUUAGUAAUA